AAAAAAAAUCCAAUAUUCCAAUUUGCAUUUUGGACCCUCCCAGUCCCAGUCCCAGAGAUAGACCCAGUAAGGAGGGUCAAAAGAGAAGGCUCCGUCUCUCUGGCUCUGAGCUGUGCUUACUUGUUCUUGCCUUGGUGGUUGCCGCCUCCAUUCUCAGCUUCUAACAGCCCUAAUUCCAUUGCUAACAGGUUGGAUGUGUUUGUAAUUGGGUGGCCUGGCAGUGGUGAAAAUAUCAGCUCAAAUUAAAAAAGCAAUUGUUUUAUUUUAUUUUUUUUAAUUUGGGACAGGGGAGGUCGGAGUUGGAUGUUUUGUGAUGAUGGUGGGAAAAUUUUCUGCUCAAGUCUCUGGGACUGCAAAUGUAUAAUUUGAUGUACGGCUCUUAAGAUGCCUGUGUUUCUGUUGUCCCCUCUGUUCCAAUAAAAGGAAGCUUCUCCAUACUUGCUACAGAAGGGGUUCAAUUCAAGCGACCAAAAAUGUUGAAAAAGUGAAUUUGGAGCUUCUCACACUCUGCCGGAGUGGUUCACGGUUCUGACUUCUGACGGUCUUUCACUUUCAAAAGCUCACUAAAAGCAAGAUGAUUGAUCAGUUUAUCAAUUUUGUUAUUCGACCUCCCAGGGCUGAUUAUAACCCAGACCAGUAUCUGUGGGAAAGGGAAUUUACACUUGCUGGAAGGCAGUACAAAAGACAAGAUUUGGAGCUUACGAAUGCAAGGGGCUAUAUGUUGCGCUGUAGUCAUUAUAUGCCUUCACCUUUUCCUAAAGAGACUCCUCUCCCUUGUGUUAUAUACUGCCAUGGAAACAGUGGAUGUAGGGCUGACGCCAAUGAGGCUGCCGUAAUUCUUCUUCCAUCAAAUAUUACGGUAUUCACUCUUGAUUUUUCGGGUUCAGGCUUAUCCGAUGGUGAUUAUGUUAGCCUUGGCUGGCAUGAGAGAGAUGAUCUCAAGAUUGUGGUAUCAUAUUUGAGAAGUGAAAAACAAAUAUCACGUAUAGGUCUUUGGGGACGAUCAAUGGGUGCUGUCACCAGCCUUCUUUAUGGAGCAGAAGAUCCUUCAAUAGCAGGAAUGGUGUUGGACAGUGCCUUCUCAAACUUAUUUGAUCUCAUGAUGGAACUUGUUGAUGUGUAUAAAAUCCGACUUCCUAAAUUCACAGUUAAGAUGGCUGUGCAGUACAUGAGGCGUGUAAUUCAGAAGAAGGCAAAGUUUGAUAUCAUGGAUCUAAACUGUCUAAAGGUGGCACCCAAAACAUUCAUUCCUGCAUUAUUUGGACAUGCCAGUGAUGACAAAUUUAUUCAACCUCAUCACUCUGACCUCAUCUUAAAAUUAUAUGCGGGAGAUAAAAAUGUUAUAAAAUUUGAUGGUGAUCAUAACUCCUCCAGGCCACAGUUUUAUUAUGAUUCGGUUUCCAUUUUCUUCUACAACGUACUUCAUCCUCCUCAGAUUUCUUCUACUUGUUCAAGUAAGCUUGAGAAAUAUUAUGACCUUGGUGAUUUGAAAGUCGGUGCUGGUAUGGAUGAGAGUCUGUUGUAUGAAAUAAUCACUGGCCUUCAAUCUGCAUCAACCAAUGCUGCAAGUUCAUCUUCUGCUCCACCUAGCAUUUUGACAACAAAGCCAGUUAACGGGCUGCUUUCGGAAGUUGCACCACUUUCUAGAUUGGAUUCCAUGCUCAGUGGAGAUAAUAGACCUGACAGUGACGAGCCAUCAAAUUUACUGGAUAAGCCUAAUGGCCAAAGUGACGAAUGUUGCUCAUAUACAAGCUCAAACAGGGAAAGCUGGGGAAGAUGCUCUUCACUGGGGGGCAGUGAUGAAGAAUCUUCAGCGGACUGUACAACUGCUGACAACAGCCAUCAGGUGACUCUCAAUGUGCUUGCAACACCUCUCAAAAGCAUGCAGCAAAAGUCGCCUGAUCCAUCAAAAGAGGAAAUUAUGAAGAAGAGAGCGCCAACAAUUCCAAAGAAGCCCAAGCGUGAGAAAUUUGAAAAGCUAGAAGCCCUUAGCAAGCGACUACGCCUUUGCAUCCUGAAACGAGUAAAUCACCGGAGGCAUCGGUCCCCAUGACUGUCCUUCCUUGUAACAUAAUACUGUUUUUUGGGUUUUUUUAGCUCCAAGUGCUCAAUUCACCUCCAACUUGCAUUGCCAACAAGGUUGCCUUUGAGUAUGUAUAAAUGCAGCAUCCACGUAUUUUAUAAAACAGUAUUUGUUCAAGCACAGCCUGGCAAUGCUCAUUAUUCAGAAGUCUAGAUUUGGAAAUGAUUUUCAUCUCGAAGCGCGUUAUGAUUUUGCUUA